AUGGCCGCGGCCGGGCAGGAGGAGUACGCUUACCUCUACAAGGACUCCGCGCACCCCGGCGGCUUCUUGGAGGCGUUCCGGGCGUUUUACCUGGACGGGCUGUUCACCGACAUCACCCUGCAGUGCGCUUCGGGGGUUAUCUUCCACUGCCACAGAGCUGCCCUGGCAGCCUGCAGCAGUUACUUUAAAGCCAUGUUCACAGCCGAUAUGAAAGAAAAAUCCAAAAACCAGAUCAGCCUUCCCGGGCUCAGCCACGCGGUACUGGAAGCUCUCGUGAAUUAUGCGUACACAUCACAGAUCCAGAUAACAAAGAGAAAUGUCCAAAGCCUACUCCAGGCUGCAGACCUGCUCCAGUUCGUAUCAGUAAAGAAAGCCUGUGAGCAGUUUCUGGUAAGGCACUUAGAUACUGACAACUGCAUUGGGAUGCACUCCUUUGCUGAGUAUCAUGAUUGCUCGGAGCUGGAGAAAGAGUCCAGAAGGAUAUUGUUAUGGCAGUUUGAAGAAGUGUGGAAGCAGGAAGAGUUUCUGGAUAUUGGCAAGGAGAAGCUCUCUUAUAUUCUCUCCAGGGAGAAUCUCAAUGUUCAGAAAGAGGAGGUAGCCAUUGAAGCUGUCAUUAAGUGGGUUACGCACAACGUGGAAGGAAGAGUUGAAGACAUCUGUGAAGUGCUGAGCUGCAUCAAAGCUGACUUAGAUAAUGUGUAUUUGAGGUCUGCUUUAAACCUGCAAAAAAAAUGCCGACUCAAUGACAGUAAGAUAAGGUCACUCAUAUAUAAUGCCCUGAACCUCAAUCCCAAAGGUCUUUCCAGAAGAUCCACAGCAGCUAUGUAUGUAAUUGGAGGAUAUUAUUGGCAUCCCUUAUCAGAAGUGCAUGUCUGGGAUCCUUUAACCAAUGCAUGGGUCCAGGGAACAGAGAUGCCAGAUCACACCAGAGAGAGUUAUGGGGUCACUAGUUUGGGACCAGACAUAUAUGUGACAGGAGGUUACAGAACAGAGAGUAUUGAAGCUCUUGACACCGUGUGGAUAUAUAACAGUGAGAGAGAUGAGUGGACAGAAGGCUGCUCCAUGCUCGACGCAAGGUAUUACCACUGCGCAGUUUCCUUGAGUGGCUGCAUUUACGCCUUGGGAGGGUACCGAAAGGGAGCUCCAGUCCAAGAAGCUGAGUUUUAUGAUCCUUUAUUACAGAAAUGGCUUCCCAUUGCAAACAUGAUCAAAGGAGUUGGAAAUGCCACUGCCUGUGUCCUGCAUGAAAUCAUCUACGUCGCUGGAGGUCACUAUGGGUACAGGGGAAGCUGCACCUACGAUAAAAUCCAGAGAUACCAUUCAGGUAGCAAUGAGUGGAGUAUAGUCACCACAAGUCCACAUCCAGAAUAUGGAUUGUGUUCAAUUACAUUACAAAACAAGAUCUAUUUUGUGGGUGGACAGACCACGAUCACUGACUGCUAUGACCCAGAGCAGAAUGAGUGGAAGCAGAUGGCUCACAUGAUGGAGAGAAGGAUGGAGUGUGGCACGGUGGUUAUGAACGGAUGCAUCUAUGUAACAGGAGGAUAUUCCUAUUCAAAAGGAACAUACCUGCAGAGCAUUGAGAAAUACGACCCUGAACUGAAUAAAUGGGAAGCAGUAGGUAAUCUUCCCAGUGCUAUGCGGUCACAUGGCUGUGUCUGUGUGUAUAAUGUGUAAGCAUUUAAUUUUCAUCUUGCUGUUACAGAAAACAGCAGAUCCAGUAUUCAUAACGCUACUGAUUACCUCAUGAGGGGUUGUCUAAUACAAUCUCU